UAUUAUUAUAGAAUAAAAAGGGUAAAGAGGAAGGGCUCCUGUGCUGAGUAAUAUAUCUUGAAUUGGUUUGGGACAACCAUGAUUCUUCUUCUUCUUCUUCUAGGGAUCAACUGAAGAGAAGAGAAGGAUUCGGGUAUUAUGUCGUCGGAUGAGAAGGAAAAAGAGAAACAGGGUAAUUCAAGACAAGGCGUACGCUACCAAAAGGAAGAAGAACAGGAGAUAGGGAUUUGGGGGAUUCUUGUUUUCGGUCUAAUCGGAGCUACUGCCACCACCCUUGCUGUUGGGCAUAUGCGCCAGAUGCUUCAUUGGUUUUCUUCUCAGGUUACAAAAUCACACACAUGGAAAGCCACUAACUUUCAACAAGAAUCCUGGAAAAGAUAUAACCGCCGCAUGCAGGAAGCUUAUGAAGAAGAAAUGGAGAGAGUGGUAUGUAUGUAUGAACGUAUAAGGCGCAUGCAAAGUGUGUUUAAUCGGGAAAAAAGUAAACAAAGAAGGAGUUACGAAAGUUGGAAGGAAAAUAAUAAUGCCGGUGGAUAUCAUCAACAUUUUCAAAGGGAGGAUUGGUACUGGAAAACCGAAACAUCACAAGGGCAGCAUAGAAAGGAACCUCCUCGGAAUCAUUCAUUGUCACAUCACUAUGCCAUCUUGGGUCUCAGUAGGUCAAGAACAAAGCCGUACACCGAUGAUGAGAUAAAGACUGCAUUCAGGAGCAAGGCAAAGCAAUUUCACCCUGAUCAGAAUCAAGACAAUAAAGAGGUUGCUGAAGCAAGGUUUAAGGAGGUUAUGACAUCUUAUGAGGCCAUAAAGACGGAAAGAAAGAACAUGAAAUAGAUAACACAGGAUAUGAGUUAUUGAUAUUUACAAAUAUCAUGUAGUUGCCAAAUGAUUGUAUACUAGUCAAAUGUUAGGCGUUUUCUUCUUGGGCUAAAUAAAAUUUGUAACAUUUAAAAAGUUAUUUACAGUGAUAAUGACGACAUUGUCACAUAGUUAAUUUUUGAAAAAGUUUUUACUUUGGGUUCUACAUGAACUCGUCAAA